UAUAGGGUCAGUGUCAGGCAGGUGCCACCUGAGCAUUCUGUGGCUGAUGACAUCACCUGCACACGACCAACUGCCGUUCACUCUCUGCUGGCGACCGACGUGACUGGACCGAGGUCUACAGACUGAAGGAGAACUGCGGAAAUGGCGUCCACUGGACAUGGAGAAGAUGGUGAGGAGGAGAAGAGGAAGAGCGAAGGCAAGAGGAAGAGGGAAGAGGAAGGCAAGGAUGGAGUCUUGAGGAGGAGAGGAGAUGACGAUGGAGGAUCGGAGGAUGAGGAGCCAAUACCUGGGAUGGUGUCCACUGGACAUGGAGAAGAUGGUGAGGAGGAGAAGAGGAAGAGGGAAGAGGAAGGCGAGGAUGGAGUCAAGAGGAGGAGAGGAGACGACAAUGGAGGAUUGGAGGAUGAGGAGCCAACACCUGGGAUGGCGUCCACUGGACAUGGAGAAGAUGGCGAGGAGGAGAAGAGGAAGAGGGAAGAGGAAGGCGAGGAUGGAGUCAAGAGAAGGAGAGGAGAUGACGAUGGAGGAUCGGAGGAUGAGGAGCCAACACCUGGGAUGGCAUCCACUGGACAUGGAGAAGAUGGCGAGGAGGAGAAGAGGGAAGAGGAAGGCGAGGAUGGAGUCAAGAGAAGGAGAGGAGAUGACGAUGGAGGAUCGGAGGAUGAGGAGCCAACACCUGGGAUGGCGUCUACUGAAGAUGAAGAAGAUGGCAAGGAGGAAAAGAGGAAGAGCGAAGGCAAGAGGAAGAAGGAAGAGGAAGGCGAGGAUGGAGUCAAGAGGAGGAGAGAUGAGAAUGGAGGAUCAGAGGAUGAGGAGCCAACACCUGGGAGCAGCCAAGGAGCAUCGGGCCCCUACCCCAGGCUUACCAUCAGCAGCUACAACCUCCACCAAGUCCUGGGUAGAGGCAACUUCGGCAAAGUGGUCCUGGCAUCAGUCCCUGGCCAUGAAACCUACAUGGCUGUAAAGAUCAUCAACAGAAGAGAGGACAACGAGGGAACUAUCAAGAGAGAGCGGCGGAUACUCCUAGCGGCCCGAGACUGUCCAUUUCUAUGCCACCUUUAUGCUGCACAUCAGUCUCUGGAGCGUGCAUACUUCAUCACGGAGUACCUGUCCGGCGGCAGUUUGGAGGAUUUGAUCAGGAUUUGCUGCUACCUGGACAUCGACAACAUAAGGUUCUACGCAGCAGAGAUGGUAUGCGGCCUCCAGUUCCUCCAUGGACAUAACAUCGUUCACAGAGACCUCAAGCCAGAGAACAUCAUGUUGGAUGCAGAAGGCCACAUCCGGAUCAUUGACCUGGGCCUGGCACAAGAUGGAGUCACAGCCUCCAGUAAGAUCGACGGAGUGACAGGAACAUUCUACUACAUGGCUCCUGAAGUGCUUCUCGGACAAGAGUAUUACACAGCUGUUGACUGGUGGAGCCUUGGGGUUGUGUUGUGCAGGAUGGCGACAGGAUGCUUCCCAUUUUACAUCAGCCACAGCAAGCAGAAGGUUUUCAAAGCCAUCACCAGAAAGGAGCCCAAAUUUCCACUCGGGAUGGAUGCUGCUAUUGAACAUCUCAUCAGUCAACUUCUGCGCAAGAAUCCCGAUAAGCGCCUGGGGGUGCGCAGAAACAUCCGGAAGCAUCCAUUCUUUUCCACCAUUCACUGGGAGGAACUGGAAGAGAGGAGAGCCAAGCCACCAUGUAAGCCGUUUGAGACAGUUCUGCAAAAUCACCAUCUGCAGUGGCCGGAGGACACAGAGAACCCCCACCUUGUGACCGGAUUCAAUUAUACGUCACCAAGCUGGGUGCGGUAAGAACAUCCUCCUCUGGGGAUAACUAUCAUCACGUUCUUCACUUCUAGACUCUGAGGAUCCCGCGCCUACUGCCCAGAACCUCCGACCUCCUGAUCCAGGCCUCAAGUCUCUGCUGCUGUUACCUCGGCUGCCCUAGAACAUCAUCUCUCACCUUUGCCAUUGUGUUGCUGCCCCAGGCCCUUUACCUGGCAUCACCACUCACUCACCACACACACUACACUGCACUUACCACACACACUACACUAUAGGGAUAGGCGCACACACAUAGACACACACCACAGAUAGGGGACAUAUCGGCUCGAUCCAGGGAUUUAUUCUGACCGCCAUAUUUGGGGUUGGGAAGGAAUUUUCUCCCCUGAUUUGAGGACAAUUGGCUCAUUCCUCACAAGGGGUUUUCGCCUUCCUCUGGAUCAACAUAGCCGUAAAUAGGUUUAGCAUAAUAACAUUAGAAAUUACCCUCUUAGUAACACAACUAAUUAAAAAAAAUUGAUAAAUAAAUAAAUAUAAAUAAAUAUUUAUAUAUUUUUUACAUUUUAAAAAUGUAUUUGAACCAAACAUGAACAUUUAAACUACUGCACAUGUAUAAUAAAAAAUAAUAAUAAUUUAAAUUAAUUUACCCUCUACCUGUCAUUCGGUUUGGUACUAGCCAUUGAUCCAGGGAUUUAUUCUGACUGCCAUAUUUGGGGUCAGGAAGGAAUUUUCCCCCUUGGUAAUAAGGACAAUUGGCUAAUUCCUUAUAGGGGGUUUUCGCCUUCCUCUGGAUCAACACGGCCGAGCAUGGUUCAGUACAACAGAUCACUAUCUUACACAUACACAUCUAUAAUAGUAUAAUAUAAUAGUAUCUUGUUUAUUAUUGUCCCCCCUCCCUAUAAAUAAAUUCUUUCUUUUACCCCCUACAUGGUUGUACUUGUCUUUAUUUCCAUUGGACGUCCAUCUAAUAAAUGUUGUAUUGAUGCUUCAAAUAGCCUCUCUCCAUUCUGACUAAUAGAUGAGGAUCCUGAAUGGGGGACCCCCAUCUAUUACCCAGAAUCCCCUAAUAGAUCAUUUGUAAGACGGGUUUUCUAAACCCAGCAACAACUUUUAAAGGUAAUAUAACAAUUGAGGGUUUGUUACAAUGUAUCAGUGCAAGUCAGAGCUGGGGUA